AUGGCGCAAAUUGCGCCAUGCCCCCCCCUUCUGGGCACCCCUGGGCGGAUCCACGUGGGAAAAGAACCCAUCAAACUGAACCAAAAAGAUAUAUUUUACCACUCUUUCUGCAGUGAGAACCGUUUAAAACUCAGAGAUGAGAAUGGCUGUGGAACUCUAAUAUCUUAUAGUCGCCCUGAUUUGGAAGGACCAAAAUUAAGUAAAUAUAAGAAGUGCCAAGUUAAUGAUCCUUCUGCCCUGUCUGCCGUUUUGGAAGAUGCCUUGGGUGUGAAAGGUGUCGUGAAGAAACAGAGAUUUUUGUUUUUUGUUGGACAGACUCGUAUACAUAUAGAUCAAGUUGAAGGUUUAGGCAAUUUUAUGGAACUUGAGGUGGGUUUGAGAGAUACUCAGAGUGUUGAGGAAGGUCAGGUGAUUGCCCAAGAGCUAAUGUCUCAGCUCGGUGUCUCUGAGACUGACUUAUUGGCAGGAGCUUAUAUGGACAUGAUGCAGAAACAUUCUGAAACCGUUUCCAUUUAAUUUUAAUAAACAUUACCUUUUAA